CUACUUGGCUGCCCACAACAAUUAAGUACACACAUUAUCUGUUUUUAACAUACGAAUUUUAUGAAUUUUAGUUUAGUCGACUACUAAUAUUGAUACUGUUAAUAUUUGACGUUUUGACAUAAUCACCAUGGCUGAUCCAGACGAUGGACUACCAAAAAACUACCUUGAGAAAAUUCAAUUGCAGAACUAUAAGUUCCAAAUGUUUCGAAGGUUUGGCUGGACAAUGAGAUGGGAUAAACAAUAUAUAAAGGAUAACCGGCAUUAUUGGACACGAAUUAAUGUGCCUAGGGUCGGCCCCCCGCCAGUCUUCGAUGAGAAGCCCAUAGAAUGGACUCAGAGACGAUAUCACAACCCUUCGGCAAUAUCAUCGGCGAGGCCAGAUAUAGAGGAUCCGCGACACGAUAAUGACGAGAAUGCUAACAAGGCGAGAGAUGCAUUGGCAAAUGCCAAAUAUUACUUUCGCUCCCCUGUGUUCCGCUACCAGAAGGUCUUAGGUUUCGGAGGUUUGGGACUGGCGCUUCACUACAGGUAUGAUGGUGAAGGGACCCCUAAAGACGUUGCCGUAAAACUCUCUCUCGCGUCAUGGCAAUCAGACGAGUUACGGAAGGAAGGAAAAGCCAUGGAAGCGAUGUUGGGAGCAACGCAUACCGUUCAGCUGGUACGCCCAGAGGACGUCGGUAGAGAGCCACAUGCUCCAUUCUUUCCGAGACCAACGGUAGACGACUCUUCCGACGAAGAACAAUCCAGCGGCGAUGAAAGCAUUGAUCAACCACACCGGCCUAGAAGAGUUCCCCGUCAUCUUAGGCCCCCAGCGGAACUACAAGCGCGGAUACAAGGCUACAACAAUCGCUAUAGGACAUGGUAUUACCGCAAUGCUACAUUAGAAGCUAGGAAAGAUUUCCUACUCCUCGAGUAUAUUCAGGGAGGUGAUCUACGGAUGCUGAUUAGUAGAAUAUCGGAGGCAACCCCAGGGCCUGGAGGACCUGGAGGAGUCACGCCAAUUCCUAAUAGAAUACUUUGGGCGUUAUGGCUUUGCUUGGUGCGGGCUUGUGUAGGGAUGAAAUACCCUCCCCGUAAAUUCCACCCCCAGCGGUUUGACAGGGCCGAACUGGUUGAGGAUGUCCCUCCCUUUCGCAAAAGGUGGAGGGCGAAGAACUGGGUCCACUUUGAUAUCGACCCGACUAAUAUUUUUGUUGGAAAUGUUGAGCGCCCAGAAUGGGACGAGCCGGCAUCUAAAAACGCGCCUUUCACGGGACCUGUGACUCCCGGAGAAGGCCUAGCUCCUAGAGAAGAAUAUAUUCCAAAGACUUCGCCUAUAGUAACUAUGAAUUACUUCUCAGGAAUGUUACGACGGCUGAACGUAAGAGUGACCCGCGGAGAAUCGUCUACGGCACGGAAAGGUAAAGCUCCUGAAGGGGCAUCCCGCAAACGAAAGCAUGACGUAUACCAUAGAGAUAGGGCAUUGGGCGAGCAUUUAUUUAUCCCCAAACUAAAGCUCGCAGACUUUGGGUUAGCGGAACAAAUUAAACCUUACAAACGAAACCAGUACUAUGUGAGGAGGCGAAUGAUUGGAAAGAGUUCAUUUUUUGCGCCUGAACAAUUCGCGUCGGAUUGGGAUACAAUUCCCGCCGAUGCCGAUGGGCCAGAGGCGGGAGAAAAUGCAGUGGCGGGGAGUUAUAGCGCGGCAACAAACGUAUGGGGUAUCGCAAUGACGAUGUGGGUUAUCAUAACCCAAAGACAACCACCAUCACCACCUCAACCUCAAAUACCAGCCGGAGUGAUUAUACCAGGUGGGAGGAACGCGGCGAAUAUCGACGAAACAAUCAGAAGAAGAAAUCCAAACCAACCAAUAUCAUACUGUCCAUUGUUAAUGGACGGACAAUUCAACCAUGUCGAUGAAGACCUCAGAAGAACAAUCUAUCAAUGCAUGUACCACAACCCGAGUCAUCGUCCGACAGUUGAGGCGUUACUAGUUCAAGCGCGAGUAGGGAUUCAGAAAGUUUUCCCUAACGAGACCGACGAAAUCGUCAAACGCUGGGUUGACAGAUUUGUACUAAGCGCAUCGACUGACUAAAGGUAGAUUUUUGGUAGAGGGAUUGCAUGAUAGAUGAUAGACACGGAAUGGACAUAGAGUUGAGAAGAGAUUGUAGGAUAUUUUUGUAUAUUAUUAUGGAAUGAUCUAAUACCGUCUAAACGUAUUCUCAUGUGA